AUGGCCGGUGCAAUCCUGUCUACCGGAAACGAGCCACCAAAGAAGCUGGCCAGAUUCAUUCGCUUCGAUGUGCCACUACUAGUGAAGAGCGAGUUUCAAGGUCGCGAAGUCGAUCUUCUGUUACUUGCCUGGGCACUGCUAUUAUACCGCUACAGCAAUGGAAACCCUGUUGAGUUUACAUGGGGGAGGAAUGGUACGGGUGCGGAUUUCAAGUUUGAUUUCAGCACCGCAAGUGCGGCGUGGAACCCCGCCAUUUCCAUCGCGGGCGCGUUAGAGACUGUUCAAAAGUCGCGCCAGGAAGCGCAUGCUGGACAUUUGGUUGAUGUCGACAAUGGCAUUGUGUUCUUCAAUGACGAGUGUGCGCCCCGCGAUUUAUCCAGUAAUGCGCGAGUGAGCGACGGCGAUGCGCUGGGUGGUGGAAUGGCUUGGGUGAGCUACGAGUCCCAUGCGCAGUGA